GUGGUUCAACUCCCAGCCUGACAGAAUGUGUGUUUUUUUUUUUUUGUGUGUGUGUAACCACGCCUACACAGUGGCUGCCAAGGCUUACCCAUGAGUUAAACCUUCUUUAGUUGGUAAUGAGGAAGGCGUGGGCUCUAGCAGUGGACACCCGAAGCCAGCAGUGGGUGAAAACAAGCAAAAUAAAGAAAAGUUUGGCUGUGAGAAGGUGCUAGACAACCAGCCAUAGUGAGGAGGAGGCACCACUACCAUCACCACCACAGGGAAGAUGAAUGAGGGGCAGGAUGAAGCCUCCUCCCAGGACCAACAACUGGACCAGCUGCAGCAGGAGCUUCAUGCCAAGGAGUUGCUGCUGGAAACACUGAGAUAUGAAAACAACAAUCUGAAGCAGUACAGUGACCGGCACUAUGACUCCACCUCCACCCCAGACUGGAAGAGCUAUGAUGCUCUCAAGAGAAAGGUGGUGGAGUACCAGAAGGCCUUGGAGCAGCGUGACCACAUCAUUGGGCAGAUGGAGGCGGGCAUCAAACAACUCAUGCACAAGAAUGUGGAGGCAGAGGCAAAGGGCAGGAAAGCUGAAGAGCACUAUUCAGGCGAGAUCCAGACGCUGGCUCAGCAGGUGCAGGAGCUCACAGCGCAGCUCACCAUCACGUCCCACCAGCACCAGGCCGCCAUGAAGGCUGCCCAGGACCACUUUUCCCAGCAGCUGGCUGCCUCACAGAAGCAGAUGAGAGAUCAGCAUGGAAGGGAGAUGGCAACCCUGAGGGAGAAGCAUGCAUCAGAAAUGACAGGAGUAACCCUGCAGGUGGAGGCUCUAGAGAAGAGCCACAGAGAGGAGCAUCAUAAGCUAGUGGAGCAUCUUACUCACCUCAGUAAUUCCCUUGGGGCCCAACUGGAAGAGGAAAAGGGGAAGGUUUUGGGGCUCCAGAGAGAGAAGGAGGAAUGGGAGGUGCAUAAGAAAGAAUUGGAAGCUGAGUCUGAGGAAAGGGAAAGCCUCAGGAAAAGUCUGAAUGAACACAUUACAGCCAGAGAGGAUCUUCAAGACCAGCUAAGGAAGCAUUCUGAAAGACAGGUGGAGGAGAAGAGGAAGAGGGAGAGCCUCCACAAUAUGUCAGAAAGCCUGUCAAAUGAUCUCAAGGCAGAGAAUGAGAAGAGGAAAAUUAUGGAGGCCAAACUGGAAGAGGAAAUGAAGAAUGCCAGGAAAUGGUUUGAAGAGAAAACUGCAUUAGAAGUGAAUCAGAAACAACUGGUACUCCAGCUGCAAGUAGCUGAGGAAGAGCUGGCCAAGGCUGCAGCUUCCAGAGUGAAUAACAUUGAGAAAUUGGAAAGCUUUGGACAGGAAAAUGAGGUCCUGAUCAAAGAUAAGGAAGCUUUAUCCAAAGAAAAUAACAACUUGACUUCAGAAAAAGAACUUUUAGAGAGAGAAAAAAGAGAGAUUGAUAUCAGAAAACCAAUCAUUAACCAAAGAAAAGGAGUGCUUAACCUUAAAUAAUGAAGUACUAACCAAAGAAAAAGGUUUCUUAACUGUACAGACUGAAGCUUUAACCAAAGAAAAGGAAACACUUGCUUCAGAAUAUAAAAUGUUAACCAAAGAGAAAGAAGCUAUUGCCUUAGAAAAAAGUAGAAUUUUAGCAGACAAAAAGAUAAAGGAGAAAGAGAAGCAACAUUUAGUUAAGGAGGUAGAAACUUUAACAAAACUUAAAGACUCUCUCAGUGCUGAAAAGGAUGCUCUAUUGAAAGAUAAACAGGACUCAGCUGUGGAAAAAGAUUUGUGGACGAGAGAAAAGGAAGCUUUACUUGCUGAAACAGAAGCUUGGGCCACAGAGAAAGAAAAUUUACUCUUAGAGAAAGAAAAUCUUCUCUUGGAAAAGAAAAAUCAUGUCCUCAGAAAGAGAAAUUUUAGUCAAAGAGAAUGCAGCUUUGAGUAGGCAGCUGGAAGUUUUGAAUGCAGAAAAAGAACAAGAAACUAAAGAUAAGGAAAAGCUGACUGCAUGUAUAGACACUUUGACGUCAGAGAAAAGUGCUUUGUUAAAGGAAAAUGAUGCUUUGCUCUGUGAAAAAGAAUCGUUGAUGUCUGAGAAGAAAGCAUUUUCCUCUGAAAAGAUAACUUGGACCAAAGAUAAACAAAACUUGUCCCAUGAAAUUGAUGUGUUAUGUACUGAGAAAAAAUGUUGGUUCCAGAAAGAAGAAUCGUUAAAUAAGAAAAAUGAAUCCCUUAGCACAGAAAACAAAGACUUGGCUGAACAAAAUAAAAAUUUAGUUAAUGAGAAAGAACAUCUGGUUCAGCAGAGUAGAUCUCUGAGCAAUGAAAAAGAAUUGUUAACUGAAGAAAGGGAAAUCCUGAUGAAACAAGUGCAAACUUUGACUAUCGAAAAGGAAAGUCUAGUGCAGGUGACGGAGGAGGUGAGGUCCCCUCAAGGAGAUGGUGGAGGCAGGGCAAGUUGAGAGGAAGCAUUUGGAGGAGAGGUGUGCCUGUAAGGAAGCAGAAUUGGAGCAGCUUAAGGAAAAAAUACACCCAAACAUUAGUAUUAAAAGAGUCUGACUUUAAGGAACUUGAGGAAAGCUACAAGAAGAAGCUUUUAUCGAAGGACAUUGAACUUCAAGAGCUAGAGGAAAACUUUAAAGAAAAAUUUUCUUUAAAAGAGAAAGAGGUGAAGGAACUUGAAGAGAUGUAUGAAAAGAAAUGUUCACAGAAGGAUCAUGAUCUACAAGAACUUUCAGAGAGGAUUGCCCUGAAGGAAACUGAGCUAGAAGAGCUUAAAAAGAAGGACAGAAAAAUGGAGAUACUGCAUGAAAAUUGUCUUGGUUUGCUAGAACACCUUCAGAGUGGAGAGCAGGAAAGGAAGAAGAUAGAGGAGGACUGUGAGGACAAGUGUGAGAUGCUGAAUACUGUGUUGAGGAAAAUAGAUGUGAAGUUGUGUGAAGCUACGUCUCUUGUGUCUAAGCAGAUGGUUGCUGCAGAAGAGGAGGUACAAAGAGCUGGGCCAAGGAGUAACUUGGAGAAAGCUCCUUCUAACUUAAGAGGGAGUGAAACUGCCCAUGUCUCCAUGGAUACAUGCAAGUGUGAGAGGGAGAAGGAAAGUAGCAAAAUUAUUGGAGGAACUUCAUCAUGUCAAGGAGAAACUAGAGGAAGGUAAGAGAAAUGAAGAGGAUCUGACCAAAAAACUUACUUUAUCAGAGAAAGAAAAAAAACAGCUAGCCAACGAAGCAGAAUUCAUGCAUAAAAAGAUUCACGACCAACACUUCACCAUCACAUCCCUGCAGAAUGAAAAGUCACGGUUGGGCCAGCACAUUGUUCAGCUGGAGGGGGAGAGGUCUGCUCUGAGGGCUGAGGAGACUCAGCACCAGAAAGACAACCUGAACUUGCAGGAGGAGCUGAGCACUCUGAAGGCAAAGGUAACAGCUCAGAAACAAAAAAUUAAACUACUACAGGAGGAGAUCAAAAGAUUUAACCAGGCUUUUACCUCUCUUACUCAGGAAGGCAUAGAUUGCCCGGAGAAGCUGAGAGAUACCUUGACAGCUUUGAAUUGUUUAUGUUCAAAAUUAGAGAAUCUUGGAAGUUCUGAGAAAGA